ACUAUAUAUACGGUGGUACUCGCACUGGCAUUCAUGAUGCAACUGUCCUGCAAUAGAAAUGAUUCUUCAGUUAGCAAUAGCUUUCAGCUGAUUCACUUCUCCCCCUCUGCUGAAUCAUUACCGGAUUUCGUCACUGCCUUCAGAGGGGAGGUCACCUGGAAGCAAGAAAGGUAGCUUUUCUUCUCUCUGCUUAUUGUUGCCACAUAUUACCUUGGCAGGACUCUAGACAUCAUCAUCCAGGUGAAUCACAUGGAAUUAUUCACCUUUGCUUGUACAUACAAGUUACAGUUACUUAUAGACUGCUUCAGUUUAGAGUUCAGAUAUGAAGGUUCAGAUGACUGGGCUGAUUUUAUUUCAUUUCGCAAGUCUGAUUCUGUUUGUGUUCAUAUAUGUAGCAGCAUAAAGUAGUGAUGAUACAUGAUACAGAGCACAUGAACAGGUCCAUCGGGUCAGAUUGUACCCUUGCAUGAAUCAUCCAUGGCCUGAAGUUUCUUGCAGCCUUUCUUCACACCAUGACAUCAACAGAUCCUAUCCUGAUUCCUGACUGUUCGUUCAAAAAAAUAAAAAACCUGAUUCCUGACAGCAUGAAAGCGACACUCGCGCAUGCUGCAACUGAUGCUUACAUUUACAUGGCUUCUUGCUUCGAUGUGCCCGUAGCCACUCCUAGGACUAGGUGAUCACUGGUGCUCAGUGCCAUGGAAGGUGGAGAUCACCGGUGCAUGGCUGCCGCUGCCGGCGAUGGAGGCGCCAGCGUGGAGUCUGCGUUGAGGCCCCUUGUUGGUGCAGACGCCUGGGACUACUGCAUCUACUGGAGGCUCUCUCCUGACCAGAGGUUCUUGGAGAUGACUGGGUUCUGCUGCAGUAGCGAGUUUGAGGCACAGAUUUCUGCACUUGGUGAGCUGCCUUCAUCAAUCCCUCUGGAUUCCUCAUCUGCAGGGAUGCACGCCGAGGCAAUGCUGUCCAACCAGCCGAUCUGGCAGACCAGCUGCGUGUCAGAGCUCCCAGCAAGUUACUCCAGUGACAUGAUGCAGGAGCACGCAUCCGGCGGCCCGAGGACGCGGCUGCUGGUGCCGGUCGCCGGCGGCCUCGUCGAGCUCUUCGCCGCCAGAUACAUGGCGGAGGAGGAGCAGAUGGCGGAGCUGGUCAUGGCGCAGUGCGGGGUGCCGGCGAGGGCGGGCGACGGCGAGGGGAACGAGGGCGGCGUCGUGCACUCGUGGCCGGAGGCGCCGGGCUUCGCGUGGGACGGCGCCGCGGCGGACCCGCAGCGGAUGUACGCGGCGGUGCCGUCGCUCAACCUGUUCGACGCCGCGGGCGACGUCGCGGCGGACUCGUUCCUGGCGGCGGCGCCGGGGGUGGUCGACGACGCGGCGGCGGCGGGGUGGCAGUACGCCGCGGCGGCCGGGAGCGAGCCGUCGGUGGUGGCGGUGCAGCAGGAGCAGCCGCAGCAGCUGCACGGCGCUGCCGCGCGCGCUGGAGGCGCGGACUCGGGGUCCGAAGGGAGCGACAUCCAGGGGGACCCCGAGGACGACGGCGACGGCGACGCGCAGGGGCGGGGCGGCGGCGGCAAGCGGCAGCAGUGCAAGAACCUGGUGGCGGAGCGGAGGCGGAGGAAGAAGCUCAACGACCGGCUCUACAAGCUCAGGUCGCUCGUCCCGAACAUCACCAAGAUGGAUCGCGCGUCGAUUCUUGGGGACGCGAUCGACUACAUCGUGGGGCUGCAGAAUCAGGUGAAGGCGCUGCAGGACGAGCUGGAGGACCCGGCGGACGGCGUCCCCGACGUGCUCCUGGACCACCCGCCGCCGGCGAGCCUGGUGGGUCUGGAGAACGACGACUCGCCGCGCACGAGCCUGCACCAGCCGGCGGCGCCGCUGGCCGGGAGCAAGAGGCCCCGGGCGGCGGCGGAGGAGGACAAGGGGCACGACAUGGAGCCGCAGGUGGAGGUGCGGCAGGUGGAGGCGAACGAGUUCUUCCUGCAGGUGCUGUGCGAGCACAAGCCCGGGCGCUUCGUCCGGCUCAUGGACGCCGUCAACGCGCUGGGCCUCGAGGUCACCAACGUCAACGUCACCUCCUACAAGACCCUUGUCCUCAACGUCUUCCGCGUCGUCAGACGGGACAACGAGGUGUCGGUGCAGGCGGACAGGGUGAGGGACUCGCUGCUGGAGGUGACGCGGGAGUCCUACGGCGUGUGGUCGUCGGCGCCGCCGGUGGGGAGCGGCGGCGCCGACGCCAAGCUCGAGGGCGUGGACGUCAAGCUCGAGGGCGUGGACGUCAAGCUCGACGGCGUCGAUGCGCAGGCGCAGGCCGCGGUAGAGGACCACUACGGCAGCUACAACCAUCUCCUCCAAUACCUCGCUUGAUCAUUUUCUCUACCAGUCAAUUGUUCAUGUCCAACCAAGGGGAUCAAUCAAUAAACGAGUCCCGUAUAAUUAA